AUGAAGAAACCCCCCAUUUUUGGGUUAAAGCUUCAAGCUUUUUUACUAUUUCUUGGGGUUCUGUGUUCAGAAUUUUUGUUUGUUGAGUCUCAAACCAGCCCGGAUGAUGCUUCAGCCAUGUUGGCUCUCAAGAGGAGCCUCAUUUUACCGGAGAGUCUUGGGUGGUCGGACCCGGAUCCGUGCAAGUGGAACCAUGUGGUUUGCGCUGAGAAGCGUGUUACUCGGAUCCAAAUCGGGCACCAGAAUGUUCAAGGUACACUCCCUCAAGAACUCACAUCUCUCACUCAGCUUGAGCGAUUAGAACUUCAAUGGAACAAUAUUUCUGGACCUUUACCAAGCUUGAAGGGGUUUAGUUCACUGCAAGUGUUGAUGCUCAGUAACAAUCGGUUUACUUUCAUUCCUGCUGAUUUUUUUACUGGCAUGUCUUCUUUGCUAUCUGUUGAGAUUGAUAAUAAUCCAUUUUCUGGUUGGGAAAUUCCGGAAAGCCUUAAUGAUGCUUCAACACUUCAGAAUUUCUCGGCUAAUUCCGCAAAUAUUACUGGAAAAAUUCCAUCAUUUUUAGGAGGUGAUGAUUUUCCUGGUUUAACAAACUUGCAUUUGGCUCUCAAUAACUUGGAAGGGGAGUUGCCGUCGAGUUUUUCGGGGUCCCAGAUCGAGUCUCUGUGGUUAAAUGGGCAGAAACUUGGUGGAGAGAUUGGUGUUAUACAGAACAUGACAUACUUGAAGGAGGUUUGGCUUCAUGGAAAUGGAUUUUCUGGUCCAUUGCCUGAUUUCUCGAGCUUGAAGAAUUUGGAGAGAGUGAGUUUGAGGGAUAAUUCAUUAACAGGACCUGUUCCCUUGUCUUUGGUAAAUCUCGACUCCUUAAAGGUUGUUAAUUUGACAAAUAAUUUUUUUCAAGGGCCAAUGCCAAAGUUUAUAGACUCUGUUUCUGUGGAUAUGACACAAGACACCAAUAGUUUUUGCUUGCCUGAACCUGGUGAUUGUGAUUCUAGAGUGAAUACUUUACUUUCUAUUGCGAGAUCAAUGGAUUAUCCUAGAAAAUUUGCUGAGAAUUGGAAGGGGAAUGAUCCUUGUAACGAUUGGUUUGGGAUUACUUGCAACAAUGAGAACAUAACCAUUGUAAACUUUCAGAAUAUGAGGCUUAUAGGUACAAUUUCUCCUGAUUUUGCUUCGCUCAAGUCGCUGCAGAGAUUGAUUCUCGCUGAUAAUAAUCUUACUGGCACUAUGCCGGAGGAGCUCACCACUCUGCCUGCGCUUACGGAACUAGAUGUAUCAAACAACCAGCUUCAUGGGAAAGUGCCGGCAUUUAGAAGUAACAUCAUUGUAAAGACGAAUGGGAAUCCUGACAUUCGGAAGGAUAAGAGUGAUUCAAGCUCUCCUGGAACGUCUUCUCCUAGUAUGCCCAAAUCUGGUUCUGAAAGUGAAGGUGGUUCGCAAAAUGAUCAUAAGAAAUCUCGAAAUUGGAUUGGGGUGGUUGUAUUUUCUGUAGUUGGGGGUGUCUUUGUGCUUUGUUUGAUUGGAGUGGCAGCUUUCUGUCUGUACAAGAGCAAACAGAAGCGUUUUAGCAGAGUUCAGAGUCCAAAUGCUAUGGUUGUUCACCCUCGUCAUUCUGGAUCAGACAACGAUAGUGUAAAGAUAACAGUUGCAGGAUCGAGUGUCAGCGUUGGUGCUGUUAGUGAAACUCAUACUGUUUCUACCAGUGAAACCAGCAACAUUCAAAUGGUUGAAGCAGCCAACAUGGUGAUCUCCAUUCAACUAACAUCUUCAGGUAUUAUUACAAUCGCUAUGGUCUGA